CAUCCUGAAAGCAAUGCCCCGGGUCUUCCUUGUGAGGAGUCGGCGUCCACAACCACCUAACUGGAGCCAUCUGCCUGACCAGCUCAGGGGAGAUGCCUAUAUCCCAGACUGCUGCAGCCUGGCGGUGCCCCCAGCGCACAGAUCUCCCGGUCUGAGAGGCACGUGGGCAGCGUCCUCACAGGGAACACUGACCUCUGCUCCCAGGGGCCCGGGGACACUUGGCUGCCCACUCUGCCCCAAGGCUUUCCCACUGCAGCGCAUGCUGACGCGGCACCUCAAAUGUCAUAGCCCAGCACGACGCCACGUGUGCCAUUGCUGUGGUAAGGGCUUUCACGAUGCCUUUGAUCUCAAGCGCCACAUGAGGACUCACACUGGAAUCCGGCCAUUCCGCUGUGGAGCUUGUGGGAAAGCUUUCACCCAGCGCUGCUCCCUUGAAGCUCAUCUUGCUAAGGUGCACGGGCAGCCAGCCAGCUAUGCUUUCCGGGAGCGCAGGGAGAAGCUGCAUGUGUGUGAAGAUUGUGGCUUCACCAGCUCUCGGCCUGAUGCUUACGCACAGCAUCGCACGCUCCACCGCACAGCCUGAUAACCUGGCUGCUUCCUAUCCACGAGACGAAUAAA